AUGGCGUAUAACACGAACGGAGCAUACGAGGCUCCACGGCGGCAAUACUAUGCUCAGCAGCAAGCACCUGUCCAGAACGGCUACGGAGGGCAUUACCAAGACCAGUAUGAUCGGAAUGGUCAGCAAUACUACGGUCAAGCCUACGAUGCUGGAUAUGAUCAAUCGCAAGGGCCAUACAUGCAGGACAUGAGGCAAGGACCGCCGCCGCAGUCGCCGGAGUACUACGACCACUACCAGGUGGGCGGACACCCACCGAAUGGGUACGCUCCCGCACCACAGCCGCAGCAGGAACGUCACUAUGAUCCGAGGUAUAGGCAAAGGCCUGAGCAGGGUAGACAACAUGGUUACGAACAGCAUGCUGGGCAACGACCGCCGAAGCAAUCGCCACCCCGGCAGCAGGCCGCCAUUCGGCCAAAGCCAAGUCAGGGCAGGAUGUAUGCGCCGGAGCCGCCACAGCAGCAGCAGCAGCAGAAGGCGAUUCGGCCGAAGCAAAGUCAAGGUCGCAUGUAUGCACCAGAGCCACAGCAACAACAGCAGACGUAUGACCAGCAGAGUAAGCCGACCCGGGAGCAGCGUCCUCGACCACCACCUGUUGUGAAUGGCCGGCCUCAAACCGCUCCUCAGCCUGAACAGCCGCCGGAAGCAGCAAAGAUGACUAUGGAGCAGUGGAAGGCCAAGGAGAAGGCCAGGAUGCACCAAGAAGCGCUCUCGCCGCAGACUGUGGCGUGGGACAAUGCUUUUCCUGUCUUUCCGACCCUUCACAGCAAGUCUAGGCCAGGGACCGCGAAUGGUAGUACCGAAGAGGCUGGCCGUGCGUCUACUGAUGUACAGUACGAUGAACGGCCUGCUAUUGCUCGUGACGACAGCCAGAGCAAUAGAUCCGAACCCACAGAAAUUCAGCAGCGUGGGCUAGAACGGCCUGCGUUAGAUCACAAGCCGGUGUCGUUUGAUACUACCCAGAACCUGCCAAAAGCUGCACAUGCCUCCCCACCGACUCAUCAGCGCCCGCAAUUACAUCGACAAGACUCCAAUAUGGCACCUAUUCCUGUCGAGCAAAGUGCUUAUCGCCAGCAGCAGGUGCAGGUCCAGCGGCACCCGCAACCCAACAUGCAACCGACAGAACGCUCACGUCAACCGCAAAUGAACGGCCAUGACAGGUCAUACCAAGGUGACGCGAGCAGGAUGUACGAGCAAGCAAACAUCAACGCGGGACAUCCUCGUCAGCACCAACCGCGCCCACCGAUGCAGCCCAUCGAUACUCGGCAUGUUCAGCAGCAGCAGCCGGCAUUCCUUGACCACGGACCACUUAGCCCUGCUGUGGUACCGCCGCGGUCAGCCAGUGCCCAUGGCGCUCGCGCAGGUCCUGGCCAACCCUUGAUGAGCCCGACUUCAGCGUAUUCACAGGCGACGCCGCAGGACCCUUACGGUAUGUCGAUGCAACAGAACCAACCUGGGUAUGCGCAGACGCCAACCUAUGACAGCCAGCGGGGUAUGUACAACGACCACCGUGUGCCGCCUCCAGUCACUGCGGCCCCCAUGAGCCGGGCCGAUCAGAUCGAAUCAGAAAUGCCUGACUUCGACAGUGCGGCACACGGAGGAACAUCGUUGCUACAUAAGCGAAGUCAAAUCACUAGGCGUCCAAUUGACACUCAUGCUCAGACUGAUAUCGCAGAGCUACCAAGUCCUACGCCUCCACCGAACCAUCUGCAAAGACCAGGCGAGUACCCAAUGCCUACUCAGCAUGAGCGCUUCUACGAUCAACAACAAGACGCUCGUUCAAGAUCGCUGCCAGAAACGCAGAGCCCGCCGCAAAAGUACAGCGGGAUCCCUAAUGGUCAUGUGUAUGAGGUAGCUGGCGACCACGGCUACCAACAACGCUACGACGAGAGGUAUCAACAGCCGCAUCCUCCUAAUGGACAUCCACCUCAGCAUUAUGCACAGCGGCCCCAGCCUCCAUAUGCUAGAGAGAAUGUCCCAAGAAAGUCAAUGGACGAUGCCAGGCCAAUGCCACAUCGCCAGGGCCCUCCGCCAAAUAUGCAGCGUCUUCCAACCAACGCGCGACAUCCCCCAGGCCAAUAUCCACCUCAACAGAGACCACCUGGCGAUCGAAGCGUGUCUGGCCCAGCAGCGCCAUUCGACCCAAUGUCAGAGCGAGCGGGGAGUGCGCCACCCCGACAAGCGGUACAAGGUCCGCCGGGUAGAGGUGCGGCGGGUCCGCCAAUGGGCGCUCCAUUAGCGCAGCAGAGGAGUCAUCCCGAACAGCACGGUCAACGACAUAACAGCAACCCGGAUUCGCUGCCUCACCAUCCAGCGCCAGUGCGUCCGGGGUUGAUGGAGGGUGGUCCAGGGUCGGCUGCAAAUGGAAAGCCACCCUCUGUGCGGAACUACAACAACGGCCAGCCUGCACAGCACCAGCGUCAGGCCUCUAUCGAGACGUCUUCGCAGCCUAUCACACACGCUGAGCUCGACCGACUAAGAGCCUACGUCUCCGCGAACCCGCACAAUCAAAAGCAGGCUUUGAUCCUGGCGAAGAAGUUGGUAGAAGCAGCUACUGUGUUGGCCUCAGAAGGCGGCCGUGCGGAUGCCAGAACGACCGCGAAGAACCGUGAGCGAUAUAUCAUGGACGCCCACAAGAUGGUCAAGAAGCUCGUCAGCGCCGGCUACCCCGAAGCACAAUUCUACCUCGCCGACUGCCACGGCUCCGGCGAUCUCGGACUGGAAGUCGAUCCUCGCGAAGCAUUCAAACUCUACCAAGCAGCCGCCAAAGCCGGCCACGGCGAAGCCGCCUACCGCACCGCCAUGUGCUGCGAAAUGGGCCCCGAAGACGGCGGCGGCACGAGCAAAGACUACGCCAAAGCAGUCCAAUGGUACCGCCGCGCCGCCGCCCUCGGCGACCCGUCCGGCAUGUUCAAAGUCGGCGUCAUCGCGCUCAAAGGUCUCCUCGGCCAACCGCGCAACGUGGGCGAAGCCGUCAGCUGGCUCAACCGCUCGCUGCAGAGCGGCGGGCAGAACCCGCACGCCAUGCACGAGCUGGGCUUGCUGUACGAGUCCACCAACACCAGCCCUGACGUGCGGAAUAAAGUCGUGCCGGACGACGGAUACGCGCUUGAGCUCUUCCAGAAAGCGUCAGCGCUCGGGCAUAAGUUCUCUCAAUUUCGCCUCGGACAGGCGUACGAGUAUGGACAACUGGGUCUCGCGAUCGAUAACCGCGCUUCGAUAUCCUGGUACUCGAAAGCUGCGGCGCAGGGGGAGCAUCAAGCGGAACUCGCGCUGUCAGGGUGGUAUCUGACCGGGGCGGAGGGGAUCCUGGAGCACUCGGACAUGGAAGCGUAUCUGUGGGCGCGCAAAGCGGCGUCUAGUGAACCACCGCUUGCCAAGGCCAUGUUCGCUAUGGGAUACUUUACUGAGCAGGGGAUUGGAUGUCCGCCGAGUUUGGACGAGGCGAAGAAGUGGUAUGGACGGGCGGCUUCGCAUAAUUUCCCCAAGGCGAGGGAGAGGUUGGAGGAGCUGAGGAGGAACGGGGGCAGGAGCUCGAAGCAGCCUGCGAAUGGGAAGCUCACGCGGAAUCAGAAGAAGGAUGAGUCGGAGUGCGCUGUUAUGUGA